CAAUGUCAGAUUUCAAGCAGCAAUUGGAAGCAUUCAGCUCAAAGGCCGAAGAUAUUGUUGACCGAAUUGGACAGCCUCUCAAACCAUAUAUCCCUGUCAUUGCCCGCUUCCUCAUCGUUGCCACUUUCCUCGAAGACACUCUUCGUAUUUUUAUGCAAUGGUCUGAGCAGGUUUCAUUUAUGGAAGAGUCUCGAGGCUUUCCCAGUGGCAUCAGCCACUUGUUCCUUGCUCUUAAUAUCAUUGUCAUGCUGGCAGGUUCUGGUCUAGUGAUUGCAAAGAAGCAUCAAGAUUACGCAAUCUACGGCUUGAUUGGCGUAGUAGUGGCUCAAGCAUUCGGCUAUGGCUUGAUUUUUAACCUCUCAUUUUUCUUGCGUAACCUCUCGGUCUUAGGUGGCCUUCUCAUGGUUUUAUCAGACUCUUUGUCUAAGCGCAAGCAGAUGUUCGCUGCUCUCCCUCAAAUAUCGGAGAACAACCGCCGUACCUACCUUCAGUUGGCUGGUCGUAUUCUCUUGAUCUUCCUCUUCAUCGGCUCGGCAUUCCAUGGUGACUGGUCACUUACCCGCGUUCUAGUCUCGGUGUUUGGUUUGAUAGCAUGUGUCAUGGUGGCUGUUGGAUUCAAGGCCAAGUGGUCUGCAAUGUUCCUUGUCUUGUUCUUGUCAAUUCUUAAUGUCGUCAUCAACAACUUUUGGUCUGUACAGCACAGCUAUUUCAAGCGUGAUUUCUUGAAGUAUGACUUCUUCCAGACUUUGUCGACUGUUGGUGGUUUCUUGCUCUUGGUCAGCACUGGUCCCGGAGGCUACUCAAUUGACGAGAAGAAGAAGGCUUUCUAAUAUGAAGAAGAAGAAUAUGGGUCCCUUAAUUUUCUUAUAUUAAAAAAAGUCAGGAAAUAGUAUAGUGGAGGUGUACAAAUGUAUAUUCUGUUUCUUGUUUCAUGUUUUUGCAUUUCAUAUCUAUAUCUUUAUUUUAAUAAUGGAUUUAGUAAUAUAAGAUAAGCCUAGGCUUGUCAAUCAAUAUCUACCUGGCUUUAUCUAUUUACAUAUCUAUAUUUUGUUUGUUAGUAUGUGUGCGUUUUUUUUGAAGUACUUUCAUUAGGGGUUACCAAUUAAAUUUAGAAGGGUUAGAUGUGAUUGAUUAUU